AUGACGACCACUCGACUCCCUGAGCUAAACAAUGGUAUCGUAACAGACUGGAGGCCCCUCACAACACAAGCAGCCUUGGCUCCCUACCCAGCGAGCUGCAACAGUGCCUUCCGAUUAGAGACUAUCUCGGGCAGUGUUACGAAUAUCGUAGCCUACGAUCCGUGGUAUGGCCAAGCGAUCGAUACGAGAUAUCAAGGCUGUCUGGCGUCGGAACAGACGCAAUGGUGGGCGCAGGAGUUGAUGCCGACGACGAUGUUGAGUUUGGGUCCGUUCGCAUGUCCGACGCCGUAUACGACAGCCACAACUAGUGUGGUUGGUUUGGGGACGACGAUGGUCGCGUGCUGCCCGAGUGAUUAUAAGUAUCAAAACCAAAUUUUGGCUCCUCUCAAUGGACGGCAAUGUCUUUCCGCGCUGAGCAGCGGCCAAGUCAUCACGGCAAAAACAGGGACCAUUGGUGCGAAUAAUUGGACUGAUACGACGGCUACUAUUACCGCGACAGAUGUUGGUGUAUGGGGCAACCAACUCAAUGGCUUUGUAUUUGCGGAUGCGGUAGUCACUGCUUCAGGAGAACCAAGCCAGACGAGUUCGGAUUCUGUGGCUUCGACGCCAGCUAUGACGGGGACACCGAGUCAGAUCACCGCCAACUCAGCUCGUCACUCCACUUCCUCUUCUGCUUCCUCUUCUGCUUCCGCCUCGUCGUCGAUUCUUAGUACAACAGGUGGAAAAAUUGGGAUAUACGUAGGAGUACCGCUUGGAGCGGUCAUUUUAUGCUGUUUUAUCGGCAUUAUACUGCUGUAUAGAAGAAGAGCAUCACGGCUAGACAAACAAUUCGCGGAGUUGGAAGGAAGAGAUAUAUCAGCGCCGAUAAUACUGCAAGGGCCGCCACCUCCUAGACCGCCUCCGCCGACAGAGCUCUGGAGUGCACAUGAGAAGGAAACGGGACGCAGUAGACAUGAAAUGGAGACUUGGGAGAGGCCAGUGGAGAUGUGGGCAGGAGGGAUAAAGAAUUAA